AUGUCAAAAGACCCAAUAAUUGCCUCUUUAUUGCUGGAUAUAGGUAAACUAGCAAAAUUAUUUGCCGUAUUUUCCACUGAAAUUCUUCAUUCAAAAAAAUAUAGAAUGAUUAACUUGAGACCAUAUAAAUUAUCUGGUAUUAAUACAUCAGUAUUAAAUGCAGGAAUAUUUUCUAGGGCUGGUAAUCAAGUUAGAUUAUCACAAAUAGUCGAGCAAUUGAAUUUUCUAAUUGAUACUAGUUUUAUAAAAGAAUAUAAUAGAAGAAUUGAAAAGGAUGAGGACGAAAUAUUUAAUAACUUUAUAAAUUAUAAUGCGAUUAACAUAUUUAAUAUAAUGAUAAAUUCUAUCGUGACUAACUUAACUCCCUUCGGUGGUAAUAAUAUGACAUUUGAAAUGACACAGUUAGAUGGAAGUAUAUCUUUCAUUCAGCUGAUUUAUCGAAACUUAGGGGGCGAUGAUAUGAUUAAACAGAGUGCUUUUGAUCAGUUUGAUCCAGCUACUCUACCAAGUUUGAUAGAAAUGCAUACCAAUACCAUUAAAUUCAAAGUUCGAGAUAGUCGCGAACUAAUAUUCAAUUAUAAAAAUGGUACGUUGUUAAUCACUAAACUUUACAUACAUCCAUAUUGGAUUGAAACUUUGUGGAAUCUUGUAAUGCUUGAAGUAAGAUCAAACUGUGAACUAAUAGUUGGUACUGUGACAUGCUUUUAUACAGGAGCAAUUAAAAACAAGGAAGAUUUUUAUCUUGCUUAUUAA